CUUCCUACAGUCCUUUCUCUAAAGAGCUCCUGUACUGUCAGGCAGCUGGCCUCUCAGUCUGUCAUGGCCAGGAUAGUCAGUUAAGAUUAUGCAAGCACUAUUAUGACAUCAAUGUGACUGCAGCAUACCUCACAAUCUGCUGCCGACCAGGCGACCAUCAUGGUGUUCCAGGCUCUUGCGCAGUACCAGAUAGACAUUCCGCAGCACAAAGACCUGAAUUUGAACGUUACUGUUCUCCUGCCACGCCGUGCUAGUCCAAAAAAGUACAACAUCUUAAAUCACAAUGCUCUGGUGGCCCGAACAGCAGAGACCAAAUGGAAUGAAGACUUCACUGUGAAGGCAGAAGGAACUGGACAAGGGACCUUAACUGUAAUAACGAUUUAUAAUGCAAAGCUACGGGAGGAUGAAUCUCAGUGUAAGAAAUUUGACCUGAGGGUAUCGGUUGAAGAAGCCCAGGGCGUUAAGAAGCCAGAAGGAGCCUUGCGUUCAGUCUAUAUUAAAAUCUGCAUCAGGUUCCUCGGUGUGGUUGAUGCCACAAUGUCCAUCAUCGAUGUCUCCAUGCUCACGGGCUUCUCACCGGACGUGGAGGAUCUUAAGAGACUUUCCCAAGGGGUCAACAGAUACAUUUCCAAGUUUGAAAUCAACAAAGCCCCGUCCGACAGAAGCAACCUCGUAAUCUACCUGGACAAGGUUUCUCACACAGAGGAUGAAUGCCUGCAGUUUAAAGCUCACCAGUUUUUCGAAGUUGGUCUCAUUCAGCCGGCAUCCGUCACAGUCUAUGAUUAUUACACUAUAGAUGACCGGUGCACCAAGUUCUACCACCCGUCUAACCAGAGCGGGCUCUUCAGGAAGAUCUGUCAUGGGGACGUCUGCUGUUGUGCAGAAGAAAGCUGCUUCAUGCAGCAGAAGACAGAGGGUCCCAUCACCCUGAAUAGACGAAUAGAGGAAGCCUGUGAACCUGGAGUGGAUUAUGUGUAUAAGACCAGGCUUGUUAGCAGUGAAGAAGCGGGCAGUUCUGACUACUACACCAUGAAAAUUUUGGAAAUCAUUAAAGCAGGCUAUCCUACAUUAUUGGCAAGGACACCUGGAUCGAGAAGUGGCCCAACGAGGAUGAAUGCCAGAAGCUGGAUUUCCAGAACCUCUGCCAGAAUUUCUUUGAGUUCUCUGAUGCCAUGGCCUUGUUUGGCUGCCCAACCUAAACUUGGACCCAGCUUUCCCAGCAGCCCCAAUGGGACAGUUUGAGCUGAGAUGGAGCAUAACCCUCAGGUGGAGACAGCUCCACUCAGAGUCCCAAUGCUGCUGACACUCGCCGCUAGCCCUGUCCUCUUUGGGGGUUUCACUCUUUUUUUUUCUUAUUGUUUCUCUCUAUAUAAAAGGCUGAAUUCUUACCCUGC